CUCAAGAAGUAACAGCAGCAGCAGUAGCAGCUCAGACAAUGACAGACAGACGGAAGAGGACAGGAAAGAUGCUACUGUCAGAAAUGAUAGCACUGUCCCAGAAAUAGAAGAAAAGAAUGAAAACAAAACAGUUGAAGAUGCAGAAACCAAGAAAACUGGAGAUUUGGUGGACAUGUUUGCUGAUACCGAGGACAUGUUCAGUGAAAACUAUAAUAGUCCCGGCAUGCGUCGAGGCCUCAUGGGUGUGGCAGAGAACCCCAACCUGACUGAUAACUGGGACGAUGCUGAAGGCUACUAUCGAGUACGUAUCGGAGAAACCCUCGACAAGCGAUACUCUGUGUAUGCCUACAAGGGCCAGGGCAUGUUCAGUAAUGUUGUCAUGUGUCGUGACGCCGCCCGUGGAAACACAGACGUGGCCAUCAAAGUGAUUCGAAACAAUGACAUGAUGUUGAAAAACAGGAAUGAAAGAGCUAGAAUUUUGAGGAAACUUAAUGAUUCCGAUCCUGACGACAAAUUCCACUGUCUGCGGUUGUUCAGACACUUCUACCAUAAACAACAUUUGUGCCUUGUGUUUGAACCUCUCAGCAUGAACCUCAGAGAGGUCUUGAAGAAGUACGGUAAAGAUGUGGGUCUGCACAUCAAAGCAGUCCGAUCCUACACUCAGCAGCUGUUACUGGCCCUGAAACUGCUGAGGAAAUGUAGCAUCCUACAUGCGGACAUCAAGCCUGACAAUAUUCUGGUCAAUGAAUCCAAGAUGGUGCUGAAACUGUGUGACUUUGGAUCAGCGUCUCAUGUGUCGGAGAAUGACAUCACUCCCUACCUGGUCAGCAGAUUCUACAGAGCUCCAGAGAUCAUUUUGGGUCUGGGUUAUGACCACAACAUCGACACCUGGUCGGUGGGCUGCACCAUCUAUGAGCUGUAUACCGGCAAAAUCCUCUUCCCGGGCACCAGCAACAACGACAUGCUCAAGACCAUCAUGGACUACAAGGGCCGGAUACCCAACCGGAUGAUCCGCAAAGGGAUGUUCAAAGACCAGCACUUUGACUCAUCCUUUAACUUCCUGCACCAUGAAAUGGACAAAAUCACACAGAGGGAGAAAGUCACCUGCAUCACCUCCAUCAACGCCACCAAAGACAUGCUAGCAGACAUGGUGCCCUACAGUCGUCUGCCUGAAGAUCAGCUCCGCAAGGUCACCCAGUUGAAGGACCUGCUGGACAAACUGCUGACGCUGGACCCUUCCAAGCGGAUCCCCAUCAACCAAGCCCUGACUCAUCCGUUUAUUACCGAGAAAAUUUGA